UUUGGCUUAGGAUGGCCUCAGCCAGCGCGAGAGACCGAAAACAUCGGUCAUUGCCGCUGGGCUCAGAGAGCGGCGUCACGAAGGGCGCGCGGUCCUGCAGGGGCCCGUCGUUUCUUCCUUCUCCCUGCCGCCUCGUCGUUUGUUUCCUCCUUUUUGCUCGUGUCCUCGUCGUCGUCGUCCUCCUCCUCCUCCGAGCAGUGUGGGCGGGCGCGGCGGUAUCCCCGGGCCGACGCCCGUGCUGGGAGAUGCAAGACCCCCGUCCCUUGCCAGCCAGCAGGUCGUCGGCGCCGUCGCGAUGGGCUGCUGUGUCGCGCGUGGCGCGUGCGCAGCUGACCGCUCGGCCCUCAAGGAGGACCCCCCGCUGGAGCCCGCGGGCGGCGACGGCGCGCCCGGCGGAGAGGCCAGCGAGAGGCAGCCACACAUGCCGGUGUUGCAGGAGGUCGAAUGUUCAGCUGACCGCCCGGCCCUCGAGGAGGACCCCCCGCUGGAGCCCGCGGGCGGCGACGGCGCGCCCGGCGGAGAGGCGGGCGAGCAGCAGCCACACAUGCCGGUGUUGCAGGAGGUCGAAUAUGACACGGUGGAGAAGUACAACCAGUGGCAGCGGCUGGGCGGCUUCGAGUUAAGUUCCGUGCUAACGAGCGGAGCGGCGCUCCUAUUGGACGCGGAGUGGAUGGUUCAGCAGGCAGAGUCUAGCGGGAUUCUGAAGCCGCGCCAGGCCUUGCCACCGGCCGCGUUCCAGUCGUACUCUGGGGUCUUGGCUGGCACGCCUGCCUGCUCUACGCCCGUUCCCAAACUGCACGUAGUCUGUGUUUCACACUGUUGGCUGCAGGCGGACCAUCCGGACCCACGCGGGCACAACCUGCGUAUCUUGGCCAGGGCCUUGCGGCUGUUGGACGCACACGUGUAUGGGCCUAGGCCCCAGCGCAUGGGCCGUUGGGCGGUGUUCAUGGACUUAUGCUGCAUACAUCAGAACUGCCGGGAUAGCAAGGGCGUUCCUCAGCAGCGCACGUAUCAGCGGCUGGAGGGAUCCGACAAAUUCGCGGACGGCGCGAUCGGCCGCUUCGACUCCGAGAAUGUCCUCUUUAAGGAGGCGUUGGGGAGCCUUGGGAGCUUCUACUCGCACCCCUGCACAUAUGUCUUCAUGCUGACCAAGUUCCCGGAAGACUAUCAGACUGCAGCCUACACCCACUCUGCGGAUACAGAGCAGUAUUUUAAUCGGGGAUGGUGUUACUGCGAGUCUUCAUGGGCAGUGUUGACAAAGCCUUCGGACCUGACCCUCAAUCUCGGACUGUCGACGGGGGACGAGAUUUCCUACAGCAAGUUGGUGGAGGUUUGCUCGGCGGAGCGGAAGCCACCCGUCUUCCCGGACGCAUUUGAAGUUGAGCUUCAGAGGAAAGCCUUUACGAACGGCAAGGACGAUCGCCCAAGGGUCGCUGAGCUCUACCGCGAUGCCUUCGCGCAGCGGCUCAAGUACUCACAGCGUCUGUCUUUCCGCAAUCUGCAAUGGGACGCCGAGCAUAUGAAGCAGUUGGUCACCGCCCUCGCCGCCUCGGGUGGCGGGCCGAACCUGCAGCUGCUCGACCUCUGCGGCAACCGCGCGGGGGACGAGGGCGUCGCGCUCUUGGUAGAGGCGCUCCGGGCGCCCGGCGCCUUCCCGAAGCUCCGCGAGCUGAACCUCCGCGAGAACCAGAUCGGAGCCGCGGGCGCGGCGCACCUGGCAGAGGCAUUCCGGGCGCCCGGCGCCUUCCCGGAGCUCUGCGAGCUGAACCUCAGCGAGAACCAGAUCGGAGCCGCGGGCGCGGAAAAAAUGGCAAGGGCGCUCCAGGCGUCGGGCACGCUGCCCAAGCUGGAGAUUCUGCUCCUCGACGGGAAUGGGAUCGGGAACGUGGGCGCGUUGCACCUGAAGAAUGUGCUGCUUGCGCCGGAGGCCGUGCCGAGGCUGCAGAGGCUGACGCUUCGGGGCAACAUGAUCGGAAAACGAACGAGGAUCGAGCUGAAAGGAUGCGGCCUGGGUCGACUGCCGGUCAGGUGGUCAUUCCGGUGGCAAUUCGACGACUCGGACUGACGCGCACAGGCUCUACAUGUAUACGGAGUAGGGAGAGAGGAGAGAGUGUAUUCGCGGCCCAUUCGUUGCAAGCUUGCACAAACCAGAUUUUUCGAGGCUUCUAAGACUCCGGUGGAUGGCUCUCGCAAGUGCCCACCAUUCAGGGAUUGUCCGUUGUGCGGGACUUCUGCGACUCCUGUGCACGGCUCGCGUCAAUUCACACAACUCUCGGUGGCUGUCCGUUGCACAGGAUCUCUGAGACUUGUUUGCAAGGCCCGCGCCAAUUCGCACCAGUCUUUGGUGUUGUCUGUCUGACAAGGCUUUUAUGCAGCGCCAAUCUUGCCAAUUCGCGACCACGGCCAGAUUAAGAUAGGAUGCGCCAAAGAGUGAUGUCCAGGUUGUGAGAAAACAAAG